AUGCGGCAAAGCGGAUUCAAGAACUACAGUGUCAAAUUGAUCUGGCUACCAGACAGAAUCNUUGAGCCCCCUUCUCAGAAAAAAAACAGCUUCAAAACCGACUUCACUGGCCUAACAAGCAAUCUCACGGGACCAGAUCCAGAUAAAUUCAGGAGGCGCCCAAAGGAACUAAUGGACGCAAGAGCUGGGCAAGGAAACUCUAAAGGAGAUUGUUCUAAAAGCUCUGGUGAGUCCACCUUUACGCCAUCAAAGAGAAGGAGAUUAAGUAGCAGUGGAGAACGACAAGCCAAAAAAGCUCAGACUGAUGAAGCAGAGACUCUGAAUCAACCUCCAACUGUUUUUGAACGUCUUGGUUCUAAAGGUGAUCCCCAUUUAGCUACCAGUCCGAAAGAUUCAUCUGGAGGUAAAAAGAAGGCUUCCCCGUCUGUCUUUGAAAGGUUAAGCUCUCAAGCCUCGAGUUCUAGUGUAAGAUUGGAAGUCUCUACCACUCAUUCACACUCGGAUCAUUCUGCUCCAGUAGCAGCUCGGUUAACGAAUCAUUCUGCUUCUAUAACAGCAAAGACUCCCGAGGUGGGAAAUACCCCUAUAGUUCGUCACCUGAGGGAAAUACGAGGUCGAUAUUUCCCGGAGGUUACAUUCCUCUGUGAGACCAAGAAAAAACGUGAUUAUUUGGAGAAUGUUGUGGGCCAUUUAGGAUAUUUUGAUCUUCAUACAGUUGAACAUGUUGGUAAGAGUGGAGGGUUAACUUUAAUGUGGAAAGACUUGGUUUCAGUGAAGAUUUUACAGUCGGAUAAAAGGAUGAUUGAUGCAAUUGUUUCAUGGCAAGGGAAAGAAUUUUAUCUGACUUGUAUUUAUGGAGAGCCGGUUCAGAGUGAACCAGGUAUCUUGUGGGAGAGAGAUAACCAACCUAAUGCGGCAAAGCGGAUUCAAGAACUACAGUGUCAAAUUGAUCUGGCUACCAGACAGAAUCCUCUUAAGCGAGACGAGCUCAACAGACUUAAGCAGGACCUACACCGAGAGUAUAAGAAUGAAGAGCAAUUUUGGAAGGAUAAGAGUAGGGUUUCUUGGCUCAACAAUGGGGAUAGAAACACUAAGUACUUUCACGCGGCAACCAAAAAUCGAAGAGCUCAGAAUAGAAUCCGUAGUCUGAUUGAUGAUGAUGGGAAGGAAUGGUAUGUGGACAAUGACUUGGGAAAACUAGCUGAACACUACUUCCACCUUUUAUUUACUUCUGAGGACUUUGGUCUCCAAAUUGGUGAUAAGAUCGGUCAAGGAAACAUGGUUUCCCUGGUUCAAAAUGAACAGCUGCUGCAACCGGUAACUCUGGAGGAAGUAAGAAAUGCUGUUUUACACAUCAAUCCGAACAAGAGCCCAGGUCCCGAUGGCUUGACAAGGCAUUUUUAUCAACAAUAUUGGGAUGUUCUUGGGGAUCAGAUUCUAGAGAUGGUCAAGGAUUUUUUCAGAACAAGAAGAAUUGAUAAAGAGAUGAAUAAAACCAGCAUCUGUCUGAUUCCUAAGAAGCUUAAAUCAGUCAAGCUCUCGGAAUUCAGACCUAUAAGUCUUAGCAAUGUUAUCUACAAAGUUAUAGCAAAAGUGUUGGCUAAUAGACUUAAGAGGGUACUUCCUGAUGUGGUUUCGGAUACUCAAGCAGCAUUCAUCCAGGGCAGGCUUAUCUCGGAUAAUAUUCUGGUGGCGCAUGAACUUCUACAUGCUCUCAACUCCAAGAAUAAGUGCUUAGAGGAGUUCAUAGCGAUCAAAACGGAUAUCUCCAAGGCUUUUGAUAGAGUCCAAUGGUCAUUUUUGAGGGAAGCUCUAAAGCUGUUGGGGUUCUCAGCCAAAUGGAUUCACCUUAUAAUGAGCUGUAUGGAAUCAGUUAACUAUCAGGUGCUGAUUAAUUUCACACCCUAUGGCGAGAUUAUCCCGACAAGGGGAUUUAGGCAAGGUGACCCACUCUCACCUUAUCUCUUUGUACUCUGUACUGAAAUGCUUGUACGAAUGCUUCAGAGAGCAGAGGAGGAAGGUCGAAUCUCAGGAUUAACAGUUGCAAGAGGGGCUCCUCCAGUGUCUAAUAUCCUAUUUUCUGAUGACAAUAUCUUCUACUGUCAGCACAAGGACGAAGAGCUCCAAUGCUUAAUGAGUAUCCUUGAUGAAUACAAUUUAGCCUCAGGACAACAGAUCAACUAUCAAAAAUCCAGUAUAUACUUUGUGAAGCAGGUUCCAGAGGAUAGAAGACCUCGGAUUAAGAGCCUUACUGGAAUUACUGAGGAAGGAGGUGAAGGUUUCUAUCUUGGUUUACCUGAAGCGUUUGGGGGUUCAAAGGUCACGAUCCUGGGAUACUUGAGAGAUAGGCUCCAGCAAAAGGUCUUUGGUUGGCAUUCUAACGUCCUGUCGCCAGGAGGUAAGGAGAUAUUGCUAAAGGCUGUCGCAUUGGCGCUCCCCACUCAUAUGAUGGCUUGCUUCAAACUUCCUAAAGCAAUUUGUCAAAAAAUGGCUUCGCUUUGGAGGAUGCUAAAUCGACCCGAUACUUUAAUGGCCAGAAUCUUCAAGAGUAGUUAUUUUAGUAAAUUGAAUCCUCUCCAAGCUAAGUUGGGAUCACGACCUUCAUUUGCCUGGCGUAGCAUCUGCGAAGCACAUGAACUAAUCAAACAAGGUGCGAGACGGGUGAUAGGCGAUGGGAAACUCACUGAUAUAUGGAAGGAGCCAUGGCUUAGUUCAAAGCCUGCCAGAAGCUUACAAAGGGUCAAUCUCAUUCCACCCCACCUAAAGUCUUUGGUGUCCUCUCUUUCUCGAGUCAAUGAACUGAUGAGCGAUAAUGGAAGGAAUUGGAGGAGGGACAUUCAGGAUUUGAUAUGUAGCGAGGAAGAUAUGAGGUUGAUUGAAGAGCUAAGACCUGUGGGAAAGCAUAUAAAGGAUGUUUAUUCUUGGGAUUAUACCAAAAUAGGGCAUUAUUCAAUAAAAUCAGGCUACUGGGUCUGGAAAACUGAGGCUAGUCCGAAAGUUCAACAUUCCUUAUGGAAAUGUUUGACUAACUGCCUUUCUGUUGCAAAGAACUUGUCUCAUCGGCACUUGACUAGAGAAAACAGCUGUGCAAGAUGUCCAAGUGAAGAAGAAUCAGUUAACCAUCUCCUCUUUCUCUGUACCUAUGCACGCAACAAUCAUACCAUGGUUGCUAUGGAGAUUUGGAAGUCUAGGAAUGAUUAUGUCUUUAAAGGGAAGGAUUUCAAUGCGCAGGAAACUGUGGAGAAAGCUUUGGAGGAUGCAAUGGAAUGGAAUCAGAGAAAGGGUCCAAAUGAGCUGGUACGUGAUCAGACCUCUAGAAGCGGAAAUGGUAUGAUAAAAUGGCAACCUCCUCCCUCCGAUUGGGUUAAGUGCAACACAGAUGGUGCUUGGAAUGGAGAGACUAACCCUGUUGGAAUAGGAUGGGUUCUACGGGACCAUGAGGGAACAGUAUUAUGGGUGGGAGCACAAGCUUUUUGGUGUGCUAGAACAGUUCUCGAAGCUGAGUUAGAGGCUUUAAGGCAAGCGAUUUUGUCAAUGAUCUGA